CCAAGUCAUGCCAAUUACAGAAAUGAUAAUAGUACUUCCGAAAGAAGCUCGAACCCUCUCGAACUACCGCCGAAGAGAAGAAAGGCACAUUCGCAGUGUUUAAAGUUUGCUUUAUCAGUAUAAAUAUAAAUAUCUUUGAGGUUGACGACUCUACGAUAUCCGAGGAGUAUUACUCAUCCAAAAGUCCUCCAUGCAAUAAACUGACAGUUUUGGAGUCAAAGUUGAAGGAACACCAGACCGAAUUGGAUAAUUUGGAUAGCAAAAUCACAGAACACAUGUCAACGCUGAAUGCUUCGUUACUGCGGAGAACUGAGCUUAGAAAACAAUUAGCUGAGCUGGACGCGGACAUUGAUGCCGAAAGGGUAGGUUGUCGGCUUUUGAUGCAGAGACGGAAUACGAUAAGACGUGCAGUGGAGCGUUGUGAAGAGCGUAAACUGGAUCUUCUCCUGGAGAACGAGUGGUAA